GACGCAAACCCAGGUACCAAUCACAGUCCAGCAAUCCUGGGGAUCGCCGCGUGGCGCUGGGCUCCCUCGCACGCCGCACCUCCCGCUUGGGGCGGGGCCGAAGGGCCGCGCGCGCCUCCUGACGUCAUCGCCGCGCGCCACCGCCCCCAAGUCUACUUCGCGGGAGAAGUUGUUGGCGCCAAUGGAUCCCGAGUCCCGCUAACGGAUUACCCAGCUCGCUGCUCUCUGUGUCUGCUUCUUCCUCCUGGGGCUGCGAUGGACAUUCGGAAGUUCUUUGGAGUUGUACCAAGUGGAAAGAAGCUUGUAAAUGAAACAGUAAAGAAGAAUGAGAAAACGAAAUCUGCUGAAGAAACUUUGAAAGCAAAGAAAGGAAUAAAGGAAAUUAAGGUAAAUAGCUCUUAUAAAGAGGAUGUCUCCAAACAAAAGCAACCUAACAAGAAAAAGAGGAUCAUCUAUGAUUCAGAGUCAGAGGCAGAGGAAACAGUACAGGUGAAAAAUGUCAAAAAACCAUCAGAAAAAUUGCUACAGUCUAAACCUGGUAAAAUUUUACGCCAGGAUCCUGUUACCUACAUUUCAGAAACAGAUGAAGAUGAUGACUUUAUGUGUAAGAGGACAGCCUCUAAAGCAAAAGAGAAUGGAAGGUCUACAAAUACUUACCUGGGAACAUCCAGCAUGAAGAAGAGUGAAGAAAACACUAAGAACAAGAAUAAGCCCUUAUCACCAAUAAAACUCACACCCACGUCAGUGUUAGAUUAUUUUGGAACUGGAAAAGUCCAGAGAUCAGAUCAGAAGAUGGUUGCAAGCAAAAGAAAAGAGCCUUCACAAAAUACAGAUGAUUCCAUACUAAAUGAUGAAGCCAUCGCCAAGCAAUUACAACUUGAUGAAGAUGCAGAGCAGGAAAGGCAGUUGCAUGAAGAUGAAGAGUUUGCCAGAACAUUAGCCAUGCUGGAUGAAGAACCCAAGACGAAAAAGGCCCGAAAGGACACUGAAGAGGGAGAAACAUUUUCAUCUGUCCAAGCCAAUUUAAGUAAAGCAGAAAAACAUAAAUAUCCUCGAAAAGAAAAAUUUUCAAGUGAGAGAAAAAGCUACAGUCCUAAUAAGCAAACUAAGUGGGAAAUCUCAAAAGAAUCUCAACAGCAUUCCAAGUUGUCAGCUAAGAAGACAGGAGGACCCUCUUCUCCUAAGGCUAGUUCUAAACUGGCACUCAUGAAAACGAAAGAAGAGAGUUCCUAUAAGGAAGCAGAGCCCUCGCCCUCAAAAAGAAAAGAAAAUGUUGUUGACGUGAAAGGAGAGAAAAAAACUCCUAAGAAAACCAAAAGUUCUCCAGCUAAAAAAGAGUCUGUGAGUCCAGAAGAUUCUGAAAAGAAACGCACUAAUUAUCAAGCUUAUCGAAGCUAUUUAAAUCGAGAAGGUCCCAAAGCUCUGGGCUCCAAGGAAAUACCAAAGGGAGCUGAAAAUUGCUUGGAAGGCCUGACAUUUGUGAUCACAGGAGUGCUGGAGUCCAUUGAGCGAGAUGAAGCCAAGUCUCUAAUUGAACGUUACGGUGGGAAGGUAACAGGAAAUGUUAGCAAGAAAACAAACUAUCUUGUCAUGGGUCGUGACAGCGGACAGUCCAAGAGUGACAAGGCAGCAGCUUUGGGGACAAAAAUUAUUGAUGAAGAUGGCCUGUUGGAUCUGAUUCGAACUAUGCCAGGCAAGAAGUCCAAGUAUGAAAUAGCAGCUGAAGCUGAGAUGGAGAAAGGAAGGUCCAAAUUGGAGAGAACACCCCAAAAAAAUAACCAAGGAAAAAGAAAAAUUAGUCCAAACAAGAAGGAAUCAGAAUCUAAAAAGAGCAAGCAGACUCCUAAAAGGGACAGCUCUACAAAGACAAUAAAAAAGGAAACAGAAGUAACAAAUGUGUUUCGGAGAGGCCUGGACUUCAAGGAGCAGGUGGCCAAGGAGACAAACGGUGACAGCAGGCCUAGGGAGUUGGCUGGUGACAGCAGUGAAAGCCAAGUGGACAGUUUGCUCUGGGUGGAUAAAUAUAAGCCAACCUCACUCAAGACCAUAAUUGGACAGCAAGGUGACCAGAGCUGUGCCAAUAAAUUGCUCCGCUGGCUCCGAAACUGGCAUAAAAGUUCUCCUGAUGAGAAAAAACACGCAAAGUUUGGCAAAUUUACUAGCAAGGACGAUGGCUCUAGUUAUAAAGCAGCGUUGCUCUCGGGCCCUCCAGGUGUUGGCAAGACCACCACAGCUUCUCUCGUGUGUCAGGAACUGGGGUAUAGCUAUGUGGAACUAAAUGCAAGUGACACACGGAGUAAGAACAGUUUGAAGGCAGUUGUUGCUGAAUCACUGAAUAAUACCAGCAUCAAAGGCUUUUAUUCAACUUCUCCUACUGAGUUGGGUGGAGCCGUGCCUUCCGUUAGUGCAAAGCAUGCGCUCAUCAUGGAUGAAGUGGACGGCAUGGCAGGCACUGAGGACCGGGGUGGGAUUCAGGAAUUAAUUGGCCUGAUAAAACAUACUAAAAUUCCCAUUAUUUGUAUGUGCAAUGAUAGAAAUCAUCCCAAGAUUCGCUCUUUGGUUCAUCAUUGUUUUGAUCUUCGUUUUCAAAGACCUCGAGUUGAACAGAUUAAGGGUGCCAUGAUGUCUAUUGCAUUUAAAGAGGGUCUAAAGAUUCCUCCUCCAGCUAUGAAUGAAAUAAUUUUGGGAGCCAAUCAAGAUAUCAGACAGGUUUUACACAACCUGAGUAUGUGGUGUGCACGAAGUAAGGCACUAACGUAUGACCAGGCCAAGGCGGAUUCUCAUCGGGCCAAGAAGGAUAUCAAACUGGGCCCAUUUGAUGUUGCCCGCAAAGUGUUUGCAGCUGGAGAGGAGACUGCUCAUAUGUCACUGAUGGACAAAUCGGAUCUCUUUUUUCACGACUAUUCGAUUGCGCCCCUCUUCGUCCAGGAGAACUAUCUCCAUGUAAAGCCUGUAGCUGCGGGGGGUGACAUGAAAAAGCACUUGAUGCUCCUAAGCCGAGCAGCAGACAGCAUAUGCGAUGGUGACCUGGUGGACAGCCAGAUCCGGAGCAAGCAGAAUUGGAGUCUUCUGCCCACACAGGCCAUUUAUGCCAGUGUUCUUCCUGGAGAGUUGAUGAGGGGGUAUAUGACCCAGUUUCCCACUUUCCCGAGCUGGCUGGGGAAGCACUCGUCAACAGGCAAGCAUGACCGAAUUGUGCAGGACCUUGCACUACACAUGAGUCUUAGAACUUACGCCAGCAAGAGGACGGUGAACACGGAUUACCUCUCGCACAUAAGAGACGCACUUGUCCAGCCCUUGGCGUCGCAGGGGGUGGAAGGCGUGCAGGAGGUGGUUGCACUUAUGGACACGUACUACUUGAUGAAGGAAGACUUUGAGAAUAUCAUGGAAAUUAGCAGCUGGGGUGGUAAACCCAGUCCCUUUUCCAGACUGGAUCCCAAGGUGAAAGCGGCCUUCACAAGAGCUUACAAUAAGGAGGCCCACCUCACCCCAUAUUCGCUUCAGGUGAUAAAGACACCCCGGUCCAGUACAGGCCCCAUGCUGGAUUCUGAGUACAGUGAAGAGUUACCCGAAGAGGACUCCCAGUCUGACGAGAAAGACCAAGACGCCAUAGAGAGCGAUGCUAUGAUCAAGAAAAAGACAAAAUCUUCAAAGCCCUCCAAAACGGAGAAAGAUAAGGAGUCCAAGAAAGGAAAAGGAAAAUGUUUGAAGAAGUGAAACCAUUUUCAGUACCAGCGGCCACGUUUUACUGUCCCGCCCAGUCUCGCGGGUCUGGGGAAAGCCUUGUUUUUCCAGAGGAGCCAUGUUUGGCAAAAUGGGGACGACCUGGCAACCCCUUUGUGCAGGACAUAGCUGCCGGGCUCACGUACACCUCUUAUAGAGGUUGACAGACUGCUCUGGUCUCCACUGUCACCUGCCAAUCUAAUUAGAUUGUCAUGCUUCAAAAUGACCGUAUCUCAUUAGAACUAGAAACUACAUAUGGGCUUUGCAGACAGAUUUUAGUUCGCAGUAACAAUCCUGGGAGCACUGGUACUGAGGCAUUUUUCUGUGCUGAAGAAGUUACCCUAAUGGCCUUUAGAGGACCAAUGCUGAUUUUUUUUUAAAGGUAGUUCUUAUUAUGUGGUGAAAUUUUGUAAAUAAAUCAUCAUACAAAACAGUCACCACCUAGAACUGGGUAUUCUUUGUAUAUUGUCAAAUAUCUUGCAAAGUAUAAAUUAGAAAUAAAAAUGUUCCACAUGAUUACAUGUACAAAAUUUUCUAAAGAUUAUCUUGUACAGCAAAAUGUAUUGGUGUAUUACCUUUUAAUUUGCAAAUGAUUGGAUUAAAAAGCUCAGUCUUCCUUA